GUAUCCUAAAGAUGAAACAACAAAAAACUGCAGUCCUGUUUAUUGGGUUAAAAACAAAAACCAGGCGGAAACAGAAGUCGGGGGCGGGCGUAAAGCCCCGCCCUUUGUUUCCGUGACGUCGAGUCGCCGAGCGUCUGUUUGCUCCACGUUAGUUAAGAGAAAGGGAAUAAAAGUCUGGAACUCCGAGCACCUGGACGCCAGGUGUGUGGACGCUGAAACCCGGUACGUUGACAGCGCCUGUGUGUGGUUGAAGGUGAACCUUGACCUCCUCCUCCUCCUAGCUAACAUGAUGGAGGUGACUGAACCCUGGACUGAAGUGUUUAGCGGUUCUGAGAGGACGGAGUCGUCCGGUGAAGCAGAGACAUUGAGCGGCUCCUCUCUGACUCUAACUCCUCUGAUAUCUGACUCCCCGUCCGUCCGGCGCUCCCAGCCCAUCCUGAUCCCCUCGAACAGGAAGGUGAAGUCGCUCUACUCGCCUCACUCCAUUCCAAACCCAUUUCCAGAGCUCUGUGGUUCGUCCAAGUCUCCGGUGCACAUCAGUUCUCUUCCACCAGAGUCCAGUGACAAAUAUCUGGUGAAGGUCUAUGGAGAGGAGAGCUACAACAGGUCGGUGUGGGUUUCUCGUCGGGCCACAGCCAGGGAGGUGUGUCACAUGUUGGUCCAGACGGCUCACUGCAGUGAUCAGGAGAACUGGGCACUGCUGGAGCAUCACCCUACACUGGGCCUGGAGAGAUGUCUGGAGGACCACGAGGUUGUGCUGGAGGUUCAGGCCACCUGGUCUCUGAAGAGCGAUACAAGAUUAGUUUUCUGUAAAAACUACGCCAAGUACGAGUUCUUCAGGAAGCCAGUGCUCUUUUUCCCGGAGGCCAUGAUCUCAGACAGCGCUGAUGUUGGCAAGGGGAUGACGCCUUCAGAACUUAUUCAGAACCUGCUGAGGUCUGGAACGUGUCCAGAGAUCCAGGGUUUCCUGCAAGUUAAAGAACCUGGUCGAAAGACCUGGAAAAAGGUCUACUUCUUCCUCCGACGCUCUGGUCUCUACAGCUCUACCAAAGGCUCGUCCAAGGAGCCUCGACACCUGCAGUGCGUCGCUGAUCUGAACCAGCUGAACGUCUACACCGUGGUAAACGGCCGUAAACUGUACGGCGCUCCCACUGACUUCACCUUCUGCAUCAAGCUUUCCAAAAACCCUGUUCGUGUCCAGGACCUGAGGAUCCUGUCUGCAGAGGACGAGUCGACACGAACAUGCUGGAUGUCUGCAUUCAGACUAUUUAAGUAUGGGAAGCAGCUGCAGUACAACUAUCACCUAUCCAAACUGAGUCCACAUAGCCUGGAAGGGUCCCAUCUGUCGGAUGGAAGAUCAAAGUCCGAGGACAGUCUGGUGGCCAUGGACUUCUCAGGGAAAUCUGGAGGUCGUGUGAUCCAAAACCCAACUGAGGCUCAGAGUGCAGAGAGGGAGGAAGGACGGGCCUGGAGGAAGAGAGAAGCCCUGAGGUGCAAUCUGCCCAACAUGAACUCAGAUGCCAGACCUUCCUCUGUCCACUGCGGCCAGCCGUGGUUUCAUGGUGGCAUGUGCAGAAGAAAAGCUGAGAGGCUGAUCGAGAAGCAGGGCCUGGUGGAUGGGAUGUUCCUGAUCCGUGACAGUCAGAAUCAUGAGCAGUGCUUUGUCCUGUCACUGUGCCACCAGCUGAAGGUCAAACAUUACCUGGUCAUCCCGUUUGAGAAAGAAGGCAUGAAUUAUUUCACCAUCGACGACGGAGAAACACUUUUCAUUGACCUCCUGCAGCUGGUGGAGUUUCACCAAGUAAAUCCGGGCAUCCUACCUGUCCGCCUUAAACAUCCUUGUGUUUGCAUCGCUCUGUGAGUUUCCCCCCGCCUGUCUGCCUCAUGUGGACAAACACCAGCUGAAGGCACACAGCAAAAUCGAGUGAUGAAGCUGUAACACUCAUGGGAGGUGUCAGCCAGAAAUGAAGUAUGUCAUCUGCCCCGCCUCCAUUUAGGUUCUUUAAUUAUUUUCCACAACAUGUGCAGCUCCAGACGCUGGCUGGUUUUUAUUUCUAAUUAAUGAGGAGUUGUCCCUUCAGAGACCGCUUAAUUAGCCAUGCUGGACGUACCUUUAGCACCACUGGGAUGUUUGUUGAAGGAGGACAGUGAACUUUACUGUUAUGCACAGAUAUGAUGGGAAAGUUGAGAAGAAUUGUGGCUGGAGCAGAGAAGAUGGAAGGAAAAAACAGCCAUGGCCACCAGAGGGCGCUGUGAGUCUGGCCGGGAUUUGACACCACCUUACCUCUUUUGCUUCAUUUUGAAUUGUGUGCGGAAUCGGCUCAACUUCGUGUGACACUGCUUCAUUUGCACAAACUCUGGGGAAGGGGAACUCGGUGAAAGCUGCAACAGGCUGAUGUUGAGACGAGUAAACUCUGAGCACCCAGAAAAACAUUAUUUGUAUUGAAGUAAAAUGUUUCCUACCUCUAAUGCUCAGGAAGAAUGUAAACUGUUUGUCAAACUUGUAGUUUUCUUUAAAUGAUGAAACUGAAAUUUUGUUAUUCAGCCUAGGUCUUUAAUUUAUAAAACACUUCUCCUUUCCUUCAGUUAUGUGGAAAGUUAACAGUUAAGCUUCUAAUUGUUUCUGUGUAUUAAAUCAUAUUUUAAUAGUCUGUUAUUGUGGAGAUGCUGGUAUCAAAUCCUGUUGAUUUUUAGGUUAAAGUUAUUUUCUGAUAACUUAUUGAAAGUUUGGAGGGAAAUAUUCACCAAUGAAAUAAAAUAUACCUUUCUAUGA